UAUUAAAACCUUUUCAAACAUCCCAUACCAAAACAUUCAACUGAUUAAAACCAUGGCAUCAACUAUAUCUGAAACAACCACCAACUCCACACCGGAAAAUAACGUUACGAUCACUGAGAAAAUCUAUACUAGAGUACGUCUCGCUACGAAAGCAGACCUCUACCAUAUAUACCAACUGUUUUACCAAAUCCAUGCAUACCAUAACAAUACUCAUCUUUACAAAGCGACUGAGUCCUCCUUACAAAACUUGCUCUUCAAAGAAAAUCCUCUUCCACUCUAUUACGGACCAUCUGUUCUUCUACUUGAAGUUUCUCCAACCCCUUUUACCGAAUCCAAGCUUACCACGAACGAAGGCUUCAAGCCCGUCCUUAAAACAUUCGACCUUAAAUUUCCCGUUGUGGAAGGAGAAGCAGAUGAGUUCAGGUCCAAGUAUGAUGAUGGAAAUGAUAAACGAGACGUAUUCAUCGCGGGAUAUGCAUUCUUUUACGCCAACUAUUCGUGCUUCUAUGACAAACCCGGCUUCUAUUUUGAGAGCCUUUACUUCAGGGAGAGUUACAGAAAGUUGGGAAUGGGGAGAUUGUUGUUCGGAACUGUUGCAUCCAUUGCUGCAAACAAUGGCUUCGUUUCGGUAGAAGGGAUAGUUGCAGUUUGGAAUAAGAAGUCUUAUGAUUUUUACAUUGAAAUGGGGGUUGAAAUAUUUGAUGAGUUUAGGUAUGGGAAAUUGCAUGGUGACGCUCUUCAAAAGUAUGCUGAUAAGGAGAAAAAUGGUGAAGGGAGCUGUUAGUUUUUUAAAUUUUUUUUGCUUUUGCUUAAUCGUGUAAUUUAUCAAUUUCUUCUUGUUGUUCUACAUUUGUGUUUGAAAAAAUUAAAUUGGUGAUCAUAUAAUAUCUAUUGCAAAAAGAAUAUUGACAUCUUUUUA